AUGAGUGUUGACACCAAGUUGCUCCUCGGUAUCGUGCUGGCCGCGCUUGUCCUCGAGGUGAGUGGCACCUCCUGCGACGGCCAUUGCCCCGGAAAGACGCAGCUUUGGUCAAAAAAGUGCAGCUGGGACGGCUGCUCCGGCUGCUCCGAGUGCCUUGCCUCUCCGCCGCCCGCUGGGGCAGGCACCUGUGCAAAAUUCUGCCCCGGCAAGCCGCAGCCGUGGCCAAACAAGUGCGCUUGGGACGGGUGUAGCGGCUGCGCCGAGUGCUCGGCUGGGGCUUCUGGCCUCUGCCUGGACCGCGGUGAGUGCGAGGGCUUUUGCACCUCCAAGACGCAGGCGGCGGCGCUGGACGCUAACUUCCCGGGCGGGUCGCGCUGGAGCUCAGACCGUUCGGCGCGCAACGCGCGGUUCGAGCCGUCGCCCGCGGCGGUCGUCUUCGCCACCUCGAGCGCGCAUGUGCUCGCCGCAGUCACGUGUGCCAAAUCGGCCGGCGUGGCCGUCUGCGGCCGUUCGCUCGGCAGGCACACGUGCGAACCGUACUGCGGCGGAGGCCUCAUCGUCGACGUCAGCGCGAUGCGGCAAAUGUCGGUGUCGCCAGCGACCAAGACUGCUGCGAUCGGGGCGGGCGCCACACUCGGGCAGGUGUAUGUGCACCUGGACGGCUACGAGCUCGCACUGCCCGGCGGCACGUGCGGCACGGUGGGGAUCGCGGGGCUCGUCCUCGGCGGCGGCAAGGGGCGGAUGACGCGGCUGCACGGGCUGACUUCCGACCUGCUGUUGGCAGUCGAGCUCGUCACGCCCUCUGGCGAGCGAGUCACGGCAAACGCCUCGCACCACGCCGACCUCUUCUGCGCCGCGGUGUUCGCGCACUGGCAGUCGCACCUGCUCGAGCACAGUGAGCGACGACUGCACGUACGGCUGCAGUACGACCAGUGGAACGGACUGAGCUUCUACGGCACCGCGUUCGAGAUGGGGCGCACGGAGGUGGAGGCGCUGAUGGCGCCGACGCGCGCGGCGCUCGGUUGGGGCAACGCGUCGUACACGACGCGCUCAUGGCUGCAGGACCUGAUGGCCAACACGGGCGUCAACUCGGCAGCGCAGCUCACGUCGGGCAGCCACGGCUGGGGCUCCGAGUGGAGCGUGGCCGAGAAGAAGCGCAGCCUCGUCUUCACGCCGCUCGACGCCUUCGGCCUCGCCAAGCUCACGAGCGAGGUCAGCGGUGCGCCUUCGACGGGGUUCUAUUUGCAACUUGACCCCACAAGCGGCGCCGUCUGCGACCUGCAGCCCGGUGCGACAGCGUACGCGUGGCGCGAAAAGUCGGCGGACGGGCGAUGCGAGCACAUCACGAUGGGAAUCACCAACAGGUGGUCGGGCAGGGGCGGUAACACGCGCAUGGAGGCCCACUCGCGCCGAUUCCACGCGGCGCUCGCAGCGCACGCCGGCGUGCGUGCAUACGUCAACUACAUCGACCUCGACCACGCAACCAACGCCGGCGCCAGCGGCCCGCUGGGCAACGCUUACUUUGGCGCGGCGAACGCGCAGCGCAUCGCCGAUGUGAUCGCGAGGUACGACGACACUGGCACCUUUCGGGCGGCGGAUGCGAUCUCGCUUCCCCCCGCCGUGCUCUUGCCCGCGCCACCCGCCUCGCCAGCUCCACCGCGUCCGCCACCACCGCCGCCACUGGGGCGCGCCCGGUCCUCGACGGAGCCGCGCGCCCCGAGCGACCCAGGCGGCGAGUGGUCGUCCUGA